GAAACCCGGAUAUUUGUUCAGCUAUGCCGUACGCCGGGCUUUCCAAGAAGGCUGUCAAGCCUGCUGUUGUUGGAGUAAGCAUUCUCGCAUGUUUUUUCAUACUCUAUGGUAUAAUGGAACAGCGUAAGCAGUCGCUUACGUAUUUCGUCGGCAAAUCGCAAAGACAAGCGACUAGAGAGCGUCCGAGCAACUCAAACGCAGUGGCCCACGAAGGAACGAACGGCGGCGGCAACAACCAAGAAAUGGACGACAGCGAGGAAUGGGAGAAUUCGAUAGAACGCGUGCACUACUCGAGCAACGACGAUGACAUCAGUAGACACGACCUCCUUGACGGAGGUAACAGGUUGCGACCGCAGGCACAUUCUGGACACGAGACGCACGGAAAUGCGACUAAAAAAGGUGCACAUCAAAGACGACAGCAAGCUGCAGGAUUGCUACUGAAAAGACCACCUGACUUCAUUGUCAUUGGUGUUCGGAAAUGUGGAACGAGGGCUCUGUUAAACAUGAUCGGCUUGCAUCCACAGACAGUGUCAGCUGGACCCGAAAUUCAUUUCUUCGACAAGAAAGAGAGUUACAAGAAUGGCCUCAAGUGGUAUAUCAAUAGAAUGAAGCCGUCAACAUCGAGUCAGUUGACUGGUGAGAAGACGCCUGCAUACUUUAUUCAGCCCGAUGUACCGCAACGUAUGAGCAAGUACUUCAAGACAGUCCACAAGAAACCCAAAUUGCUACUCGUCGUACGGGAACCCGUCAGCAGGAUUGUAUCGGACUUCACACAAGGAUUAUAUAAUGAUGAUAACGUAGACAUACAAGAGCUAAACAAGAAAGACAUUCAAGCUCAAUUUAGAAAUAAAGCGCUCGGUAAAGAUGGUCAAAUCAAUAGAAAGUGGCGGGCUAUCACUGUUAGCGAGUAUUCAGUUCACCUUCGUCGGUGGUGGGAAGUAUUCCACCGCGACGAACUACUUAUUAUCAAUGGAGACAACUUAAUAACCAAUCCGGCUAAGGAGAUGACCAAAGUUUCGUCGUUCCUUAAUUUGGAUAAAAGUGUGGAUUGGAGCCGUGUAUUGUAUUACAACGAGACACGUGGCUUCUAUUGCUACGACAAGGAUGGGGAGUCCACUUGUUUAAGCAGCAGCAAAGGACGUACACACCCAGAAGUCGAAGAGUCGGUCUUAGCCAAGCUACGGAAGUACUACAAACCGUUUAACUCACAAUUUGUUAAAAUGACUGGAUUAGACGUCGAUUGGGACAUGCGAUGAUCUUUUAGUCCCUUUGCUCACCAAUCCGUAGUGUAGCCAGACCCUUUUCUGCCCUUGUUUACACAAGGCUAAUGCACAACAAGAUAAGAUAAUCUUUUCUAUUGUAGAUGCAGUAAUUUGCAAUGGUUUGUUAAUUAAUCUGAAAUUAUAAGCUGUA